AUGGGCAUCGACGAGGAAUCCCCGAUUGUCGGCGUAGUCGUCUCGGUGUACUAUCUUGGCUGUGCAGUGGGAGUGGUGCUCGCGUCCAAGUUUGCCGACGCGAAGAGAAGGCGACCUGGCAUCUUUGCCUGUCUGGCCACCGCCAGCGUGGGCGACCUCCUGAUGCUCAUCUCUGGGUUUGGGAACAUGGGCCACAAUCCAAGUGUUGCGCUGGCUAUAAUGUUGGUCGCUAGGGUUGUGAUGGGACUGGGUGUCGGUGAGGAUCCCCCCCUUGGCUGGAACAGCCUUCUUCAACAUUUUGCAUGUCGCAUCAACUGGGCAUGGCGGCCGCCGAUUAUCAUCAUGCAGAUAUAUCCCGCGUUGCUUUUCACCGGGGCGAAUCUGCUCCCUGAAACGCCUCGUUGGCUGGUCCUCAACGGUGAAGAGGAUCGAGCGAAGAAGUCCAUUGCUCGCGUGUUUGGAGAGGAUGCCGUCGAAGACCGGAUCCAGGGUCUGCUCGAGGCGCACAAGCAGGAAGAGGGGAUGGAUCGCACUCGCGACUUUCAGGUCUACGGCCCACAGAUCUUCGAACUCCUAGGUUUCGGCGUCACAGAAGCAGAAUACAUCACACUGGGGAACUACCUCUUCUACUUCGCGACGAUGACGCUGGCCUGGAUCCUAAUCGACCGGGUAGGGCGCCGCAGACUGAUGGUCGAGGGCGCGCUGUGGCUAUGCAUAUCCUUCGCCCUGCUCACACUGCUCGGCGGCCUCGCGUACAAUGGAGAGCAGCUGUCCAUGCCAUUGCUUGCAACCGGCACCCCCGGCAUCACGGUCCUGUACCUGGCGACGUCGGUCUUCGGGAUUGGCUGGCUGGUGCCACCAUGGCUGAUCCCGACCAAGAUCUUCCCAUCGACAGCGCGCGCCCAGGGCGCCGCCAUCUCGGUCGUCGUCUGGGGCAUUGCGAACUUCGCCGUCACGCUGCUGACCCCGAUCGGGUUCAACAGCCUCGGGUACUUCCUGCUGCUGGUCUUCGCAAUCACCAAUGCUAUUGCUGGCAUCCUGACGUACUUGUUGUGUCCCGAGAGUGCGCGCCGCACGUUUGAGGAGAAUCAGGACUUCUUCAAGCGCGCCGCUGGCCAGGGGACUUGGCUUGUCGCGAGGGUUGCCGAGGGCGAAUUCAAAGAUCUGCCUGGUGGAGAAGGUGAUGAUGGAGAGGUAGAGGAAGGUGGAGAACCUGGUCAGCGGCAGCAGGGGAGCCGGAGUAAUCGGAGCUCCGCUGCUCAACGCAGAGACAAGAAGAUAGACGCCGCCAACUCCGAGACAAGUCCUUUGCCCCGUGAUCGGGUCACAGAUUCGAGUGUUCUUACUGAAAUUCCAACUGUCAACUCGUGCAUGCACGACUGGAAUGGAGGGAGGUGCUAUAAACAACCCAGGGAGCGCUAUGCUUAG